AUGACCUUAUUACCCAGGACGGAUCCCUUAUCACAGCAGCAACACAAGCAGAAACACCAAAGACUCCCCCGAGUCCAGACCACAGCCGUCGAGGAAGACUAUGCCAUGGACGCCCAACAGUCGCCAGACGCGACUCGGCGGCCUCAGAUCUACGUUCACUUCGAGUUCGGCGUAUCCUAUUCACCACGACGUCCUGGCAACAGACAUAGCCUGACCUACAUGUCUCGGAACUGGCGCGAUCGCACGGGAUUCCCUCGUCAGCUUCCGCCAACAAACACCAACUAUCUCGAGUUUACCUCGAUCCCUGCACAUGAACAACAGCAGCAGCAGCAACCCACGCAACCGCGAUUCCAACCACACCCUCAAGCAGAAGCUCAACCACAAUCUCAAACGCGCACGCCACCACGCCCUCUGCCAGAUUCCCACCCGGAACUGCAAUUACAGCCAGGAGCACAACUGCUGCAACAAGUGGACACUCCAGCGGAACCGACACAGCGAGCGGCUUCGCCUCGCGGUCGGCAACGCUCCGUUGCCCAUCCUAACCUUCCCGUCUCACAGACCCUACUCUACCCCCCUUUCAACAGGAGACAGUCACGCGCAGAUAGCCACUCAUCGGGCUCUUCUCAUGAGCGUGGUACUUCGGCGCCGCCGCCUUGGAAUCAGAGUCCCUGGGAUGCCGAACCAGAACCCAUGGGCGCUUCCGCGCUCCCCCGUCGGGAAGCUACACAACACGAGCGCCCCUCGCAUGAGCGCUGCAUCACCAGCGCCGAUGUAUGGAAAGCUCUUCCAGCAAUACCUACUUCGUACCGUCUCAGCGAGCACCUGGGAGACGGCGGUGUGCCGUGGUCGACGGGGUGGCCCACCGAGUUCGGCGUACCUGAUGGGCAGGAUGAACAGUCUCUGAGCGAAGGCGAGUUUGUGCCGUUCGCCAACCAGCCAACCGUCAUCCAGGUUACUUCAGAUUCGCGCACCACGCUGCUGCUCCACGAGGACCCGACACGCGAGGCCGAGAUGGAGGAUCUAUCAAACGCAAUGAUGACGGUUGACAACGGCUUCGAGACACAAUGGUGGAACCAGGGCCCGCGGGCCGUUGUCAGUUACUCGGCGACUGGCGAGCCUGUUCUGCAUUCGCCCGUCGAGCCGAUGCCGGAGGCAAUACCCAUCCCAGAGGACGCAGAGAUGACGGCACGGUCAGUCGGAUGGGCUAUAGCGCAACAGCCGUACGGGAGUCUCCCGAGCACGGGAGCAGGCUUCAACUUUGUAACCGUGUCCCCUGUGACGGUUACUGAUGCUAGCAGCCCUCAGUUCUGGGCACAGCAGUCGGGGCAGCACCCACGGAUGCAGCGCUCUUUGACGAUACGAUCUGACGAACUUUUCUUUGCUGUAUGA